AUUAUGCUUUGACAGAGAUGCAGAAUAAUACGUGCAUAGAUCUCAUGUUAGCCUGAUCUACACAUCCAAGGCAGCUUGCGUUCUCUCAAUCAUCUAGGGCAAUGCAGUUGCGUGUGUGCCUACCUAGGGGAGGGUGCCGAGAUCAACAUUGUACACUGCAAUAUCAUUAUUGUCCAUUUGUUUCUACCACAAAAUUUGUGAGCUCUCGAGCGCCCUGCACAUUGCGGCAGCGUCUUAGAGAAGGGACGCAUCCCCAUGGACACCUCUCCAGGAGGCGAGUCGAGAGGGUAAGUGCAAUCACAUCAGGCGAUGAAAUAAAGGAUCAAAGGCAGGAGGUGCAGGUGCAGAAGCUACGAGAAGCUGCACAGACCCGCUUCAAUUCCAUCUUGGUAUCCAUUGAGAGCGGUACAUCUGAAGGGGCGAGCGAUGAUGGCAAGGAUGGCUCCAACACAGCCCUGCAGCAACGCCUGGAAAAGGCCAUCACGUCCUUGCAGGAAGGGCUUGUGGAGAGGGAUACAGAGGUUCGUUUGCUGCUGUUGGCAGCGUUGGCGGGGGAGCACAUCCUCUUUAUCGGGCCUCCAGGCACUGCCAAGAGCGAACUGGGCCGUCGCUUGGCCCGCCUAUACGAUGGUCAAUUCUUUGAGCGCCUCUUGACACGCUUCUCCGUCCCUGAGGAACUGUUUGGGCCUCUGAGCAUGCGGGCCCUGGAAGAGGACAAGUACAUCCGGCAGAUAGAUGGGUACCUGCCCAGCGCCAAGGUGGCCUUCAUUGACGAGGUGUUCAAGGCCAACUCCGCUAUCCUCAACACGCUGCUUACCAUCCUUAACGAGCGCCUCUUUGACAACGGCUCUGCGCGCAUCCAAGUCCCACUCAUCUGCUUGGUGGGAGCAUCCAACGAGCUGCCAGAGAGUGAGGAGCUGGAUGCCCUGUAUGAUCGGUUCCUGAUCCGGCGGCGGGUGAACCAGGUCAGCCUGGCAGGCCUCCCUGCCCUGCUCAGCGGAUCCCCGGCGAGCGAUACAGACAGCGCAUCCAAUGGCGCCGGGCCCGGCUCUAUCGACAGCAUCGCUCUGUCAGAGGAAGAGAUCCAGACCACCAGAUCUGAGGCAAGGGCGAAGGUGGCAGUACCGGAGGAGAUUGUGAAUCUGCUGUCGGACGUGCGCAGCUUCCUGCAGGAGAAGUGCGAGCCGCCAGUCUAUGUGUCAGACCGCCGCCUUGUGAAGGCACUUGCCCUCUUGCAGGUGGCGGCGUACACGAGCGGGCGGCGGGCGGUGAACAAGUUUGAUUGCCUGCUGCUGCAGCACAUCCUGUGGCAGCGCCCGGACGAGGCGCAGCGCAUCAACGAUUUCCUCAUCGACCGCCUUGCCGCCGACAGCAGCACCCAACAGACCGACUACCUCUUCAACGGGAUGUUCAUGCGGGCGUGCCAGGCAACGUCGGCCAAGGGGGUGGCCGUGCCGGAGCUGGCCAAGGAUGUGGCAGAGCUGCGCAAGGCGCUGGAGGGCGAGCUGGCGGCCAUCGCGGCGGCGUCCGGCGCGCAGCCGUCAGCCGGGGCGCGCGGCAACGAGCUGUGGCUGGGCGCCGACGAGGCCGAGGCUGCCGCGACCGCGCUGCGGCCCAAGCUGCAGAGCGCGCGCAAAACCACCGAGGCCCUGCUCUUCGAGGUCGUCGCUCUCGAGGGGCAGCAUGGAGAUGAAUUUGACAGAGGUUUGGCCCUGGCUUCACACGAUGCAUUGCGGCGCUCCCAAGGUGGCGCUAUCGUCGGACACGCCCCCGGAAACCCUGGACCUGGUUGCACUGCUGCCCCAGCGCUGGGCCGCCUUCCUGCGCAACUCCCAGAGCGCCUGAGCCCGCCAUGCGCGCGCGACGCCUCCCCAGCCAUCCGCACCGCCCUUCAGGCAGCGGCCUGGCAGGGAGUGGCGCUUGCGGAUGGUGAGCUGGAGGCCAUCACGCUGGCAGAGCAGUUCCCCGAGCGCUGGACGCGCCUCGUGCGCAGCGGGCCGCUAGCCGACGUGCAGCCGCUGGGCACCCGGCCCCUCUCCAACCCCACCCCGCCGCCCAAGUUCGGCCGGCCCUGACGGGAUCGUCCAGAUGUACAGGGGGCGGCCCAGGACUUGACUUGAACAUUGCAAUUGGGUGCACCACCAUGCUCCAGGGUGGGGCGUCCGAUUAGACCAUGCAUGCGAUGGGGACCACGUUGUACCAUAUCCGCUGUAUAUUUAUGCUGAGAUUGCACAUGUUAGGAGAAUUAUUUCCUGACACUAUAUAAGGGCAUCGUGUUGCCUCCAGGCCAUCACGACUUUGAGAACAUUGAGCAUAAAGGCUUUUAAUUGCGGUGCCCAGC